UGUAGUGACGUCACUAUGUCAGUGAAAGGAACCUCCCAUAUUUGGCCUCAGCUUCCUGUGACAGCUCCUCGACGCCCCAUCAUGGUGUGCAUGUGGCGCGCGGUGUGCUGGAAGCUGCAGCGGAGCUCCGUGUUUGCCGCGCGGCUCCGACAGCAGGACUGGGCGGUCAGCAGCAGUUUGGCGGGUCUUUCAUUCCGGUACUACAGCACCAAGACGGCUCCUCACAUACCAGGCAUGGAGUACCAGGACGCCAUUUGUACUCUGAACACACUACAGACCAACUCCAGUGCUCUGGAGCAGGUACGCCGGGAGAGGAGCAACCCUCAGCUGCAGCUCCAGGCCAUGAGAGGCUUCCUGGAGCGAGCUGGCCUCACAGUGGGGGAACUAGACCAUCUCAAUAUUAUUCAUGUAACAGGAACAAAGGGCAAGGGAUCGACAUGUGCGUUCACGGAGCAGAUUUUGAGAAGUUAUGGCUUCCGGACAGGAUUUUACAGUUCCCCACAUUUGGUACAAGUCAGGGAGAGGAUCCGAAUCAACGGACAGCCCAUCGGAAAAGAGCUCUUCACUAAAUACUUCUGGCAGGUUUAUGGACGGCUGGAUGAAACGAAGGAUGCCCAUGGAGGGUCGAUGCCGGCAUACUUCCGUUUCCUCACCAUCUUGGCGUUCCAUGUGUUUCUUCAGGAGAAGGUGGAUUUAGCUGUAAUUGAAGUUGGGAUCGGUGGAGCAUUUGACUGCACCAACAUUAUAAGGAGGCCUUGGGUGUGUGGCAUCUCCUCUCUGGGUAUCGACCACACUCAGAUUCUCGGAGACACAAUUGAAAAGAUCGCCUGGCAAAAAGGAGGCAUCUUCAAGCCCGGCGUUCCUGCUUUUACAGUCAAACAGCCAGAAGAUGCGAUGGUUAUGCUCAGGAACAGGGCCAAAGAGAUCAGAUGUCCGCUGUGGGUGUGUCCAGACCUGGAGGACUACCAGGCAGAUUGUGGGGCUUUGCGUCUGGGCCUGGCGGGGCAGCACCAGCGCUCCAACGCCUCCCUGGCCCUCCAGCUGAGUCACACUUGGCUGCAGAAAAGAUGCCUACCAGAUAAAAACUUCCCCUCCACCGGUGUUGACAGCACAGCUGUACUUCAUGGGAGUGCCUUCAAGCCCAGCCCCAUCAUGGUGAAAGGGCUGGCAGACACAGAGUGGCCUGGAAGGAAUCAGACUCUGAAACACGGAGCGGUCACCUACUUCUUGGACGGAGCUCACACCAUGCGCAGUAUGCAGGCCUGUGUGCAAUGGUUCAGAGAGACUGCAGCCCAGCAUGAAAGGAACGCAAGUGGACCUGUGGCCAGAGUUUUGCUGUUCAAUGCUACAGGAGAGAGAGACUCAGCAGCCAUGCUUAAAUUACUGGUGCCAUAUCAUUUUGACUUUGCUGUGUUCUGCCCGAACAUCACUGAAGCCAUCACUUCUUGCAACGCAGAUCAGCAGAACUUCAACGUCUCGGUGGAGCACAUGUUGACUCGCUGCUUGGACAACGAGAGGAGCUGGCAUCUCCAUCACCGCCUGGGGGACAACAAAGGUCCCCAGCUGCUCAUCGAGGGCAGCCUGCCUCUGGUUGCUGGAAAGACAGCAGACACCCUGGUCUUCCCCUGCAUCCUCAGCGCCCUUCAGUGGAUCACCCAGGGCAGGGAUUCAGUGCUGGCAGACCCAGCCAAGAGAGUCUUCCCAGUUAAACCUAGCGUUACGGCCAAAGCUGUUCCGCUCUGCGACGCAGCCGAGAUCCACGUCCUCAUCACCGGAAGCCUCCACUUGGUGGGAGGAGCACUCAAACACCUCGACACAGCUUCCUCCAAGUAAACAGACCAUGUGAAAUUGAAAUAAGUGAAGUCAAACCAGUUUAAAUACUGGCAUGCUAAGCUUACAUGCACAUUUACCUUCGUGGAAGAAAGUUAUUUCUGUCUGUAUCAAUGAGGUUUGUGUGAUGCUCGCUUUUCAGUGACUUUAGGGGUUUACCUGAAAAGGGAUUAUGUGCACCCAGGUAUUGUUAUUGUCUUGUAGCUUCACUACAGUAGCUGAUGUUAGUUUGGACCAAGGCAGCUUCAGGCCUCACAACAGCUUCACCCAGAGCCUUACAGACGACCGCACAAACUUCUUAAGUCUUACUUGAAGCCAAAUAUGUUUACAUGAACUUGCAAAGGGUACAUUCACGUACUCAAUAAUGUGAGCUGAGUUGGCUAAAAUGGAACCGUGUGUGCUUCAGUGAUCACCGAUGCCACCGGGAUGAACCGGAGUGGUGCGAUGGUUAUUACAUUUAUACAAAAAGUGCUACAUAGAGUCAUGACUUUUCUGAUUUUUACUGUGUACUUGGAACACAAUUACCUUUCACAGUGUCUUUUUAAAAUGAAAGCCAUUUUGCACGGUUCCUACUUUUAUUUUGUUGGGAUUUGACAGUGUGUGUCAUACACGUGGCCUAAUCAAUUCUUUUUGUAGAAGUGUAAAUAUUCUAACAGAUGAUUUCAUGUAACAAAAUCAAAUUCUGUGUAAUGUUUUACACUGGUAAUAUUUAAAUGUCCCCUUAAUUUGCAUUACUUGACUGCUACAUACAAUUGUUGUAUGUAUAAUGGUGAAAGAUGUUGAAACUGUAUAAAAUACACUUCAUCUGGGUCUUUAA